ACUCUUGAUAUUAGUUAUGUGUAGAGAAGUGUUGGACUCCAAGUGAAGUGAAAUAAAGCUUAAGUUAGAGUACAUUUCAACCGAUGGUUUGCUUUUUCUGAUGUGGCAAUUGUUGCGCUCUUACUCUUCGUAAGUCUUACAGUUGUAUUGAAUCCGUUUUUGGACUUAUGUUCACAAUAUGUCACUUAUGUUUGGGAUUAGUUUGAAAUGCUUGUGAUAAAUAAGAAAUAAUAGAAAAGAAAAACUAAUAAUAGAAAGUAAUCAAAAAUAAAUAUCUGAAACAAAUGAAAGCAAACAACAGGUGCCGAACGAAUAGAAGAUUCAAUAAUAAUAAUAAUCAUAACAAUAAUAAUAAUACAAAUUGCGAUACGAGUGAUGUUAUAUCAAAGCAGGCAAAGGACCUGAUAGUAGCGGCCGCAGCACAGCUACUGUUAGGUCACAACCAAUCUGUCAAUGCUAUCAAUAGUGGCAUAAAUUCUUGCGGACCACAAAUGCAGUGCAAUAACUGCAACAUCACUGACACUAUCAUGAGAGCCACACAACAGAUCCCGAUGAAGCCCGCGGACACUGAAAACCGUAACGAGAGAAAACUAUUCGUCGGAAUGCUAUCGAAAACAAUGAGUGAAAGCGAUAUUCGAGUCAUGUUUUCGAGUUAUGGAGUGAUAGAGGAGUGCUCUAUAUUGAGAGACAAUAGCGGAAUGAGUAAAGGUUUGUGA